CUUUUAUGAAAAAUUGAUGUGCCUUUUCCCAUUCUAGUCAGCCCAGACUACACUUGAAGGUGGAUUUUGGAGGAAGGGUGCUUGGAGCUGGAGGGACUCUUGGAGAUGAUUUGCAAAUCUUGGCAGGACUGUGAGGCCCGCCACACCCCUCCUUCCUACUGCCCCAGGUGGUCCCAAGGCCGCCUUCCCUUCCACACUCGUAGCCUCCAGCACUCCAGGGCUGGGGACCGCCCCUGUCUGUGCUGCGUGCGCACUCCGAGUUUGUCCUCGGCGGCGAGAAGGAGGGCGCAGAGGGUCAGCUGCGACCCGGCCAGAGCAGGAGCUGCGGGAAGACCCUGGAGAGCAGGGCUGGGAGUGGGGAGCUGGCAGUGUGGGGCCAAGAAAAAGGGUUAGGGCGGAAAGCCAGAGUCAGAGGCAGAGAGGGGAGCAGAGAGGGGAGCAUCUAGGGUCGGGGGAAGGGUUCGUGGAGAGUGAGGCAGGGGAAUGGAGGGAGUAGGGGUCUGGGGAAAGUGAGGAUUUUGAAGUGAGAGAGUCCGCUUGGGCUGGGCGUGGAGGGCUGAGGGUGGAGUGGGGCUGGGGGACAAGGUGGGUUAGGGUGCUGGUGGGGAAGGACUAGGGCUUCCAGGAGGGUCUGAAGGCGGAGGUGGAGGUCGGACAGCACACAGGUGAGGGGGUCUGCAGGUAGAGCUGGCAUUGGAGGGCUGGGAACGUGGACGGGGGCUGAGCGGGCGCGCGUGCAGAUCGGAGCCGGCAGGUGAGGCUCUGGGGGUGGAUCCAGGGUCUGAGCUAGGGCAAGGGGUCCAAAGGAAAGGCUUUCAGAUCUGAGCUCGGCGGCUCCGGCGGUGGAGCUGGGAGCCCGCGGUGGCCUACUGGUGACGGGGGCGGGCACAGAGGGGUCGCGCCUCGGCCGCAGGAACCCGCGGCUGCUGGUCCUGGGCUCGGCGAUGCGGGUGCACCUGGGCGGGCUGGCCGGCGCGGCUGCGCUGACCGGGGCGCUCAGCUUUGUGCUUCUGGCGGCCGCCAUCGGCACGGACUUCUGGUACAUCAUUGACACCGAGCGAUUGGAGAGGAGCGGCCCGGGGGCGCAGGACCUGCUGGGGUCCAUCAAUCGCAGCCAGCUGGAGCCUCUGAGCUCCCACUCCGGUCUCUGGCGGACCUGCCGGGUCCAGAGCCCGUGCACACCGCUGAUGAACCCCUUCUGGCUGGAGAACGUGACAGUCAGCGAAUCCAGCCGGCAACUUCUCACUGCUUUUUGAUAGCUCCACAGAUGUCAAUGGUGAAUUAUUAACAGGAAAUCAAUAGAAUGGAAAACUUCUGCAGGGCUUUCCUGUUAUGGAAAGAAGUUCCUGGUAUAAAACAGAAUGGGGGAGAAAACCAGAUUGUAGUUUCACACCAUAUGAUAUAUGAUAUUAUCAUGGUUAUGAAAAAUAGAAUCUACACAUAUAUGUGAAUAGCUAUAUGGAUUGGGAAGAAUGUUUAUUAAAAUACUAACAUCAGUUA